AUGGGAGUCUCAGUUGGGGCCGAGAGAACAAGGAGCCUGCAGCACCGAUUGCGGAAGGGCACAUCUGUGUUCGCAUUCAGCACUCUUGUUGGGAUCAGUGUUUUGCUGGUGUCUUUGACGUUCUUGUUUUUAAAGAUCGAGCUUGGCGUGGACAGGAUUGCCAGAUGUCCUUGA